AUGAUGUGUACAAGCGCACAUGUGCGCAAUACGUUACACUGGAACUUGAAGAAAGAAAUAAAAGAAAUCACUCACUUGAGCGAUGAAGAAAUUGCAGUGAUUCACAAACGAUUUAAUUCCAUUAGCAACAAGGGGAAGUUGGACUACCAAAAUUUUGAGAAAAGUUUAGGUAUCCUUGGAACCAUCAAAAAUGCCUAUCUGUACAGUUCCAUUUUUAAAGCUUUCGACACGAAUGACGAUGGAUAUCUCGACUUUUAUGAAUUUUGUGUUGCCAUUAAUACGAUGCUGAAGGGGAGUAAACGGGAGAAGGUGAAGCUGUCCUACCGCAUCGUGCACGCGGGGGGCGGCAGCGGCGGGCAGCGGGAGGCACGAGAGGACAUGGAUGACCACGCGGUUGGGCGGGAAGCUGUCAGAGAAGCUGGCCGAGCAGGUGGUAGAGCGGUUGGGCGGGAAGCUGGUCGAGAAGCUGGUCGAGAAACUGGCAGAGCAGCUGACAGAGCGGCUGACAGAGCGGCUGACAGAGCGGCUGACAGAGCGGCUGACAGAGCGGCUGACAGAGCGGCUGGCCAAACCGCAGAGCAGGCCUCCCCAGUAAUCAGGGACUACUCGGACUACAUCUCCUACGAGCAGUUCAAAGAAAUGGUAUUAAGCAUAAAUGACAUUAAGAAACAGCUUUUGGGGACGGAGGAAAAAAUCCUAGUUAGUCAAAUAAGCUAUACGUUCAAGUCACUGAGCAUGCUGUGUGAUGAUGGUAGAUAUCGGAUGAACCUAAAGUGUUACCGGAAGGCAGUCAAAUGUAACGAGUUUUUAAAGCUCCUUGGUAUCCACAACAAAGUGGCUGAUGCUUUUAUAAGUAGCGAAAUAGAGAAAAAGAAAAAAAUCAGAUCUAGAAGGAGCCGAUUGAGCAACAAUAAUGUAUUGGGGGGUGAGUUUUCUCGACGAGUGGGUUCCAAUCAUCGAGUGAAGUCCUUCUCCGUGUCUACCAAUACGCGGCUUUCCCUUGGCAAAGGCUCCGCCUCGUCACUCUUUACUCGAGGCAGGAAGAAGAAAUGCGGCGUCGAGGGGGGGGUCGGAGGAGGGGUCGGCGGAGGGCAUAGUGGCGCGUACAGCGCAGGUGGGAAUAGCGAUCCGAAGGACGCUCAGAAUUUGAACCACGCAGAUCGCUCGAAGAGGAACGGGCGGGGGAGGAGCCCCGCCGGUCCCCGACUCAGCGACAACAACAAAAGUUGCUCUCCCCUAGAGAGCAUCUGCAUUCAGUCAAGCAUCGCAGAAGAACCGGAAGCGGAACGCGACGGUCUAUUUGAAUCGACCGUCCGCAAAUCAGGAAAAGAGUCAUAUGGGCAAAGUAAUUAUUUAAAAGUACCCCGUAGUGGUGAUGGGUCUAGGAGGAGCCGAUCUUGUGCCACGGCUAGCCUGGGGGCUUCACAGGCACCCCGAGGGAGGGAAGAAGAACGAGAGGGGGAGGAGGAGCAGCAGCGGGAGGAGCAGCCACAACAGAAGCAGCCGCAGCCGCAGGAAAAUAAGAAGAAGACCAAGAAUGAGGAAUGUCCAAAAAAGGGGAGCAAUAACGGUCGUAAUAGGAAGGAGAAUCGAAAUAGGGAAAUCAGAGAUGCACAGAAGGGGGUUGUUUCAAAUGACGCACCGAUGAUGAUGCCCGAGGGAAGAGACACCGUGAAGCGUGGCACCGAGGAUUCGUCGAGAAAAGCCAGCUGCAGUGAACGAAACAACUCGUACCAGCAGUCGUGUCAGUCUUCCAGCUUUUACAACAGCGCGACGAUGGUAGAGAACGGGAGGGGGGAUGGCAGCAGGGCAAAUUACGAGCCGUCGGAGAGCAGCUCACAUAUAUGGGACGACCACUCAGAUGUGGAGGUGAUGACUCUGCGCAAGGGGUGUCCGUUGGAUAGGAGGAACCGAAGUGGGGCGAUGGAGGUUGCAGUAACUCCGAGGCCAGACAGCAGCGAUGGCAACGAAAAGGAUGAACUGACAAACGAUCCUGCAAAUCAAACUCACAAUGAGAAAGAGAAACAAGAGUGUGAAAUUAUGAAGGCUAUCUUAAAAUUUGAAAAAAAAAAAGAAAAUAAAAUCUACGUGGAGGAGUAUAACGAGUAUGUUAAAGGAUACAGGAGGUUUGUGGAGGAGCAGGAGGAAGGAUACUUACUCGAUUUGGAUACUUACUCGGAUGGGAAAGAAGAGCUUGAGAAGGAGGUGGAAGGAGGGAAGUGUGGCCAGUUUAAUGACGCAGGGGGAAGCAGUGCAUAUGAAGACAUAGAAGGAGACGACAGUGCAGGCAGUGGACAGGGAAACCAUGCAGAUGGGGAGGUAAAUCUAGAGAGUAGAUGUAAAGUUAGGGGAGGUGACAAGCGUGAUAGGGGCAGCAGUGAGAGGAACCCCAUCCAGGAAGAUGCAGAGGUGGCCGCUGACGGGGUUGAAGCGGUUGCCUCGGUUGACGCGGCUGCCACUGUUGACGCGGCUGCCACUGUUGACGCGGCUGCCACUGUUGACGCGGCUGCCUCGGUUGACGCGGCUGCACGAGUAGACAGCGCGAGGUAUCUUUGCAAAAAAUAUUUUGAGUACAAAGAAUUUUUGGAGCACUCCAGGUGUCCCAUUUCUCACAGCCACAAUGGUCUCAUGAUGAGUAGCAGUGAGGCCUGUGCGGUUAAGUCUCCCUGUUGUGAAGAUCCCAUAUGUGGGAACCGGGCUAAGGGAGGAAAGUGCGUUACGAAGGAUGGGAAUGAGUCGAGAGUGCUCCUCGAAUUCAGCACCGAUGUUAUUAGGAAGAAGUUUUAUAUUCCCACGAGCAAGUGCCACUACGUUAUGGUAAAUGAAAAUUUAACCAAGGAGCAGGUGCUCUAUCACUUGGGGAACAUCGUGGUAGCUACAGGGGAUUAUUUGAGCAAGGAGCGGCAUGGGGGUGGUGACUACAACCGCAUCUUCUUUUUCUUCUUCCAUGUGUUUAAGUAUCACUUGGGGGGGGAUACCCAGGAGGGGUGCGCCGUGGAGAAGAGUGGCCAGCCGAAUGAGCCAAAUCGGCCAAGUGAAGCAGAUCGGCCAAAUCAGCCAAAUCAGCCGAAUGAGCCAAAUCGGCCAAGUGAAGCAGAUCAGCCGAAUGGGCCAAAUCGGGGAGACCCCUGUAGCCGGGCUGCCAACCACCCAGGUGUGUGCGCCUCCCCCCCGCACAGAGACGAACCCAGCAACGAGUCACAAAUGAGCAUAAAGAACCUGAGGGCGAACAUCUACCACAACGUUUUGCUAGUAACACAAAUAGUGAAGUAUUUCCUUCACACCAUAACAGUUUCACAAAAGUAUACGUCUUCAUACGACUCUAUUGAGGACAGUAGCCGUCUAGACAGCAUGAACGAAGUGAGUGUCCUCCUAAGUCACACGAGCCAUCUCCUUGCAACCUACUCCAAAGGAACAAAUAAAAAUAAAAAAAUAUAUAUUAAUAAGUCAAAUUAUUAUCAUAAGCUAACAAGGAGAGGUAAAUUAUCAGUCUCUUUGAGACAAAAGAAAAAAAAGGAACCUUCAGAAAAUUUUGGCUGUCUACUUUGGACAUGAAUGAUGAUUGGAAUUCGUUUGUCAGCUAUUAAGCUGUAUAACACGAAGAACAUUAUCGAUUUAUUUAAACACAAGGACCGUCUAGAGUUACCUACAUCUAAUGCACAACAUAGAGUAGUAUUUAUAAACUACGCUCCGGUGAUCUUCAAGCAGAUUCGGAAUUUCUAUGGAAUCAGAUCGAAGGAAUAUAUUUCUUCUGUUGGACCCGAGCAAGUGAUAAGUAAUAUGGUCUUAGGUAAUCUCUCCACUCUCAGCGAGUUACUCUCGGAGGGGAAGAGCGGCUCUCUCUUUUACUUCACCAGCAACGGCAAGUACAUCAUUAAGACGGUCUGCAAAAACAUUCACAGCCUCUCGAAAUCCCUGCUGCCAAAAUAUUUCGAGCACAUCAGGAGUAACCCUGACUCUUUACUCACCCGCCUCUAUGGAAUCCACUGCAUAAAAUACAAAAGCGGAUCGGGAAGAAGCUCGAAGAAGAUCUACUUCAUCGUGAUGAACAACUUCUUCUCCUCGGCUGUGGAAAUCCACAGGAGGUACGACAUCAAGGGGAGUCUGGUGGGGCGCACGGUGCCCCCGGCCAAGAGGGAGGACCACACCAUCGCCCUCAAGGAUGUAGAUAUUGACGAGCUGGGCGACAGAAUCAAUGUCGGAGAAAAGAACAAGCAGAAGUUGCUCAAUGUAAUCAAGGCAGAUGCAGAUUUUUUGAAGGAAAAUUACCUCCUGGAUUAUUCCCUCCUUUUCGGGAUCCAUUACAAAGACUUGUCUCGAGACUUGGUCAGCUGGAAUGCCACUCGCACUAACGAGGUUCGCCAUGUAUUUGACGAGGAUGGCAAAUGCAUCGCGGCUCGACCCUUCCACCAGUGCGACCACGGAGGCAUGAUCAGCAUCGACAAGAACAAAAUAUUCUUCUUUGGGAUUAUCGACAUUUUUACCAAAUGGACGCUAAAGAAAAAAUUCGAGCACACCCUGCGAACAAUACAAAAAUUUGACCGCCAUAAUAUUUCCUGUAUCCACCCCUACGCGUAUGCAGAACGAUUCGCGACCUUUAUUGAGAAGCACAUGGAGUAG